UAAACAACUUGCACCAAAAUGGCUUUCACAAAGUUAUGUCGAUGGGGUAGGUUAAGAUUAAGAAAGAGCUGGAAAGUAGAGGCUGUCAAGUGAAAACCAGUUCUGAAAUAUAUUCGGUUUUGACCAAUGACAAGGUGAUAUUUUCCUUCACCAUGACGAAAAUUUGAUGCCAAAAGUCCGAGGGGCAUGGAGCUCUAGGAAUGUUCUUGGAGAUAGCAAUGACAAUGCUUGUAUAACGUAUUGGCUCAACAAUGCCCAGAAUAUUAGUGAACCCACAGUUCCAAUUUUUGCGUCUCUUAAUCCACCUUAUACACCUAAAGAUACAUCUUUCAAGUCAUCAACUAGACAUCCUAUACCAUCAGUUGCUGCUAGCAGGGCUUUGUCAAAUCUCAAUGAUAUCCAAGGGAAGAGAGGACUAUGGUUCUGUGGAGCAUAUCAAGGCUAUGGCUUCCCUGAGGAUGGGGCAGGAAUACUUGCUGCAAACAGCAUGCUUAGAAAACAUUAUACUUAUUCAAACAACCCCACAUGCAUGGUUCCAUCUUGUCUUGAAACCGGGGCAUGUUUUGUCGUUACGAGGUUCCUUCAGCGCUUUAUUGCUACUGGAUGUCUAAUCUUUUUGGAAGAAGGCGGUAAAAUCUUUACAUUUGAAGGUACAAGAACAAAGAGCAAUUUAAAGGUCAUUGUGAGAGUUCACAAACCCCAGUUUUAUUGGAAGGUCGCAACUGAGGCCGAUUUAGGUUUUGCCGAUGCCUACAUUAAUGGUGACAUUUCUUUUGUUGACGCAAACGAAGGUCUUCUCAACUUUCUUCUACUGAUAAUAAGAAAUGCAGAGAUUAAUGCAUGUGCCGAGUUAAACAAGGAAAGGAAACGGUGGACACCAUUUCUUUACACAUCUAUAGCAGCAAAUGCAAAAAAAUUCAUCAACCUUGUUUCCAGGAGGAACACAAUGAUCCAGGCACGGCGUAAUAUCUCGCGCCAUUAUGACCUAAGCAAUGAACUGUUUUCUCUAUUCUUGGAUGAGACAAUGACGUAUUCUUGUGCAAUAUUUCAGAAUCCAUUAGAAGAUUUGAAGAAUGCACAGCUCCGGAAAGUCCAUACUUGGAUUGAAAAGGCAAGAAUCAAUAAAGAUCAUCACAUUCUAGAGAUAGGGUGUGGAUGGGGAAGUUUAGCAGUUGAAGUAGUGAAAAAAACAGGAUGCAAAUAUACGGGCAUUACAUUGUCAGAAAGUCAGCUGCAGUACAUAGAAGCGAAAGUGAAGGAAGCAGGUUUACAGGAUCAAAUUGAGGUCCUUCUUUGUGAUUACCGCCAAUUGCCUAAGAACUACAGAUAUGAUAGGAUAAUAUCAUGUGGGAUGAUAGAACACGUGGGGCAUGACUAUAUGGAAGAAUUUUUUAAAUGUUGUGAAUCUUCAUUAGCAGACAAUGGUAUUCUUGUUCUUCAGUUCAUAGCAGUAGCUGAUGAGAAAUAUGAAGAGUGGCGUGCCACGGAAUACAUAUUCCAUGGUGGAUGUGUGCCUUCACUUAACCGAGUAAUACAGGCAAUGGCUGCAGCAUCCAGACUUAGCGUCGUGCACCUAGAAGAAAUAGGAUAUCAUUACUACCACACCCUCAGAAGUUGGCGUCACAACUUCCUCCAAAACCGAAGUAAAAUUCAUGGUCUUGGAUUUGAUGACAAGUUCAUACGGACGUGGGAAUACUAUUUUGACUAUUGCGCUGCUGGAUUCAAAUAUUGUGUUAUCGGAGAUUUUCAGAUUGUAUUAAAUAGACCUGGUGAUGUUGCUGCAUUUGGGAGUGCUCCAUACAAUCGUCUGCCUUCUGACAACUAAUCUUUCGGGUGUCUGCUUUCUGUUAGUUGAAAUAAGGUUUUACUCUGUUUUAGUCUUUAAAAACUAUUUCAAAUAAAUGAAGUGUGACAUUAACUUAGGGCAUCCGCAGUGGUGCGGAUGUCCCGGCGGA